AUGACGGCCACGCCCUUCAUUGGCAAGCUCAUCGGUGCCCUGGUUUGCGGUCCCAUCUGUGAGCGUUGGGGUCGCCGAACCGCCCUGGCCGGACUGGCAUGCAUAUCCGUCGUCGGUGUCACACUGCAGACGAGUGCGACGACGACGGUGCAGUUCACCAUUGGCCGUAUAGUCAACUUUGCCAUGACGGGGUUCUGCAUCAUCGUGGUGCCCGUCUACCAGGCCGAGUGCACGCCGCCGCAGCUGCGAGGGCUCACGACGUCGAUGAUGCAGAUGAUGAUUGUGUUGGGCCAGCUCGUCUCCUCACUCAUCAAUCUGGGCACCAAAUCGAUCCCUUCGGACGCCUCGUGGCGCAUUCCCGUGGGGCUGCAGCUGGUGACCCCCGCCCUCCUGCUGGCGCUCUGGCCACUGAUCCCUGAGUCUCCGCGCUGGCUGCUGGCCCGGAAUCGCGAGGGCGACGCCAAGGAGUCGCUACGCGCCCUGCACAAGGGCCGUCUAUCGGAGGGCGACCUGAGGGAGUCCCUGCAGACACUUCGUGAGAACUUGGCGGACACGCAAAAGGGACCCUGGCGGGAGAUGUUUGAGGGCAAGAACCGUAUUCGCACCUUUAUUGCUGUCAUGGCCAUGGUGGGCCAGCAGAUUACGGGCCAGGCGUUUGUGAGCCAGUAUGCGGCCGUGUUCUACCAGCGUAACGGUUUCGCCUCCCAGGCGCUGCUUUUUACCAUGCUUUCCAACGUCGCUGGCAUGGGUGGUAAUGUAAUUGCUUGGUCUUUGGUAGAUGGAAUUGGUCGCAGACCCAUCUUAUUGAUUGGAGGCUUCCUCAUGGGUGCAUUUUUAUACAUAGUCGGGAUUGUCUCCACCGUCCACCAUCCCUCCCACGACACUAGAAACAUGCUGGUAGCGGCCAUUACCCUCUUCAGUAUGGCGUACCACAUGUCCUGGGCUCCUGUAUCAUACAUUAUUGUUGGCGAGGUCGCUCACACUCGCGUCCGCGAAAAGACGAGUCUGCUCGCCUGCAGCAUAUCAAUCGUCAUCACUUUCUUGACGUCGUUUACCAUGCCGUACCUCAUCAAUCCGGGAUACGCGGGGCUCGGCGGCAAGGUCGGCUUUGUGUACGGCUCGCUGUGCUUUGCCAUAACUGUCGUUGCCUACCUCUGCAUGCCCGAGAUGAAAGGCCGCACGCUCGAGGAGAUUAAUGCUCUGUUCGAGGCCGGGGUGCCGCUGCGCCACUUCUGCGACACGGUCCUGCCAGCGAACUCGGGGCGAACGAGCGAUUCGGAGGAGCUCAAGUCUGAAAGAAAACGGUCACCAUGUAAAGAGGCCAGUGGCCGCUCAAGCGGAUCCGGUGAACUCUGA